AUGGUCCAGGGCCGACUGCUGGUGAUCGCCGGCUCCGACUGCUCCGGCGGAGCCGGCCUCGAGGCGGACCAGAAGGUCAUCGCCGCCCACGGGUGCUACGCCAUGACGGCCACGACGGCGCUGACGGCCCAGAACACCCUGGGCGUCUACGACAUCCACCCGGUGCCGCCCGCGUUCCUGAGGAAGCAGAUCGACGCCUGCUUCGACGACAUCGGGGUAGACGUCGUCAAGACCGGCAUGCUCGCCUCAACCGAGACCAUCACCGCCGUCGCCGAGGCCCUCGAGCGCCGCGACUUUAGCGGCAGUCUGGUCGUCGACCCGGUCAUGGUCGCCACCACGGGGGCGGAGCUGCUGCCGCCUGAGGCGCUGCGCGAGCUGCGCGGCCGCCUCCUCCCGCGCGCCACCGUCCUCACGCCCAACAUCCCCGAGGCGCGGCUGCUGCUGGCCGACGCGGGCCUGGGCGCCGCGCUGCCGGAGCCGCUGGCGGGAGUCGCGGACCUCGAGGCCGCGGGGCGCGCGCUGCUCUCGCUCGGGCCCGAGUGGGUCCUCGUCAAGGGCGGGCACGCGCCGCUCAGGAGGGGGGACUACGCCGCUGCCGGGACGGAUGCCGAGAGGGGGGUUGUUGUUGAUGUGCUUUGUGGGAAGGACGGGUGCGUGAGGAUCGAGACGGACUUCCAGACGAGCAGGAACACGCACGGCACGGGGUGCUCUCUGGCUUGCUACGACAGAAGAAGCAGCUAUGGCAAGAAGGACACUGACCGAGUUGGCUUCGCAGCUGCGAUCGCGUCCAACCUUGCAAAGGGCAUGCCGGUCCCGCAGGCCGUCAAGGCUGCGUGUAGGUAUAUCCAGGCUGGCAUCCAGACUGCGCCUGGCCUAGGCAGUGGGAACGGGCCCCUGAACCACUUUCAUUCGACUUGUACGCUGCCGUUCUCGCCAGGUCACUUCGUUGAGUGGAUGUUGGAGCGACCGGAUGUGGCCCCUGUCUGGCACCGGUUCAUCAACCACCCAUUCGUCCUGGCCAUGGGCAACGGAACGCUGCCGCUCGAGUCCUUCAAAGGCUAUCUUGUCCAAGAUUACCUCUACCUGAUACAGUUUGCCCGCGCAAACGCUCUCGCAGGCUACAAGGCCAAGAACAUGCGGGACAUCUCUGCCGCCGCCGCGAUCGUCGGGCACAUAGACAGGGAGACUGCCCUGCACCUCACGUACUGCGAGGGCUUCGGCGUCUCCCGGGAGGAGAUGGAAUCGACCGAGGAGAAACAGGCCUGCACGGCCUAUACCAGAUAUGUCCUUGACAUCGGCCAGUCUCAGGACUGGCUUGGACUUCAGGUCGCCCUCGCACCCUGCCUGCUGGGUUAUGGCGCCCUGGCGAAGAUGCUGCAUGGAGACUCAAAGUCUGUCAGGGAAGGGAACCACUACUGGAACUGGGUCGAGAACUACGUUGCCGAUGAUUACGUGCAAGCUGUGAAGACUGGCUCAGAGCUCCUCGAGAGGAACGCCGUCCUGCAGUCUCCGUCUCGGGUCGAGGAAAUUGUCAAGAUAUUCAUCCACGCUACCAAGAUGGAAAUUGGCUUCUGGGAGAUGUUCCCACAUGGCCGAAAAUAG